AUGGCCUCAACCUCCGAGUCACCCACUGAUCUGCCAUAUGAAACCAUCGUCCUACCCGCCCCGAUAACCUACGAAGACUUCACAUGGACGCCUGUAGCACAUCCACCACGUAUCCUGAUUGGCAAAAAACUCAAGCAGCUCUCAACUGCUACCGUACAUCCACCGUACAUCGGCGCGCAGACGCUUCUCAGGGCCUCGCCCGAGUGGGUUGAUCGACACCGCCUCAUCUACGGCUGGGCCGUCGAUAUUGGGGCUCUCCAAAAACGAGGCGAAAUUGAGGGGUAUUCGGUUGAUGAGAUUGGGAAGGCUAAUGUCCUCCAGCGGUUCAGGAUGAUUAUGCGCGACGUCUGUGGCCUCCGCUCGCAGGACGACUUCCUCCCCGUUUUGUUGAGCGAUGGCAGCCAUGCGAUGUGUGUGGUUUUGGCGCAGAAUCUGACGAAGGAGACGAUGGCGGUGGAUCAAGAGAAGGCUCAAAAGGUGAUGAUGCUUCUUGCGACUUCAACAUAUCCCCGAUGGUACCGAUAUGCAUGGGACAUCGACCAUUCUUGA